AUGGCGGAGCUGGAGCGGCUGCGCGAGCGGAACGCCAAGCUUCGGGAGGAAAACACACAGCUGAAGAAGAAGCUUGCUGAGGAGCGGCCGAACAUCACCGGCGAUGGCUUUGAUGACGGCCACAGAAGAGUCGAGGUGGAGUCGUACAGGCGGCUCAUAAACGAGCAGGACCCACAGGCCACCAUAUUGUCCCUCCACGACGAGCUCAUGCGACUGGGCCGUCAGUGUGCGGUUUACGCCGACGCACUCGAGGAGGCGCGUGAGAACUUUGUAGAAAUGAAGCGUCUGUAUAGUGAACUGAACCAGAUACUUGCCACCUGCAGUAACUCUAAUUUGGAGUGA